CCGGCAGCCCUUGCGCUCGGGCCCCGCCCAUGAACCAGGGGGCGUAGCCGCGGCUGGCGCGUGGGUGCUGGCCGGGGAAGCUGCCGAGCGAGAUCCUGCAGCACCCUUGCCGCAAAAAAGCGGCCCGGCGAGGACUCGGUAUCUGAGCGGUCCCUGCUGGCCUGAGCUCGCUCGGGGCGGGUGAGUGGCUUGGGUGAAGAGGGCAGGGCCAAAGUCCCUCCCUCCUCUGGGAGCCCAAGGAGCAGGGCGGCGGGCCGGGUGCACAGGAGUCGCACGGCCUGCAAAAGUCGAGACUUGAUCAUGCAGCGAGGACAGCAGGCGAUGAGCAGGACUGGGGCCACUGCCCCAGCGAAGCCCAGCUCCCCGGGCUGUUGCGCGCUCCGGGUGGGGAGCCACGCACAGCUGGCUCUAACUCUUGUGUCUUUCUCUGCCGAAUACAAGUGACAACGGCCACCUCACUGGCGCCACCGGCCCGGCCUGUCGCCCCUUCGCAGGAUGCCCGAGGGCCCCGAGCUGCACCUGGCCAGCCGCUUCGUGAACCAGGCCUGCCGCGGGCUGGUGUUUGGCGGGGCGGUGGAGAAGUCUCCCGUCAGCCGCAACCCCGAGGUGCCCUUCGAGAGCAGCGCCUACCGAAUCUCGGCCACAGCUCGGGGCAAGGAGCUGCGCCUGACGCUCAGCCCCCUGCCCCGGGCCCAGCCCGUCCGGGAGCCGCUAGCCCUGGUCUUUCGCUUCGGCAUGACCGGUUCCUUCCAGCUGGCGCCCGCUGAGGCGCUGCCACCCCAUGCCCACCUGCGCUUCUACACAGCCUCCACUGCUCCCCGGUUAGCCCUGUGUUUCGUGGAUAUCCGCCGCUUUGGCCGCUGGUACCCAGGGGGCGAGUGGCAGCCGGACCGCGGGCCCUGUGUCCUCCUGGAGUAUGAACAGUUCAGGGAAAAUGUGCUCCGAAACUUGGCAGACAAGGCCUUCAACCGGCCCAUCUGUGAGGCCCUCCUGGACCAGCGGUUCUUCAAUGGCAUUGGCAACUACCUGAGAGCAGAGAUCUUGUUCCGGCUGAGGAUCCCUCCGUUUGAGAAGGCUCGCACAGUCCUGGAGGCCCUGCAGCAGCACCGGCUGAGUCCGGAGCUCACUCUGAGCCAGAAGAUCAGGGCUAAGCUGCAGAACCCGGACCUGCUGGAACUGUGCCACUCAGUGCCCAAGGAAGUGGUCCAGCUAGGGGGCAAAGGCUAUGGGGCGGAGCACGGAGAGGAAGACUUUGCUGCCUUCAGAGCCUGGCUGCAGUGCUAUAGCAUGCCAGGCAUGAGCUCCCUGCGGGACCGGAACGGCCGCACCAUUUGGUUCCAGGGGGAUCCUGGCCCCCUGGCCCCGAAAGGGGCCAAGUAUCGAAAAAAGAAAUCCCAGGAAACCCAGCCAGCACCCAUGGAUGGAAUGGAGCACCCUCCACCUCCAAUCAAGGCCCCUUCUAAGACACCAGGGACCCAGAGAUGCCUUCCUGAGAUGACUGCAGCCCAGGAGCCUGAGAGGCCAGGCCUCCAACAUGACCCAGGAGCUCCCAUAGUCCUUGAGAAAGGGAGGAGACAACAGGCCACCACAGGCCGCCGCAGAACCAGGAAGAGGAAGGCUGAUACCCCAUCUGAGGAGUCUGGGGGCACCGCAGCCUCUUAGCUGGUCUCCUUGCUUUCACUCUUUUUUUCUUUUGGUACUGGGGAUUGAACUCAGGUCCUUGUGCUUGUGAGGCAGGUGGCAGAACCACUGAGCUAAAUCCCUGGCCCUGCACUCACCCUUUUGGCUGCCUUGCUGGGAGCCUGAGCCUGUCUGAGUUCCUAGGAGCAACUUUGGAAGGGCUACAUGGCUGUGACCUGUGGCUGUUUCCUGCUCAACUGUCUUUUUUCUUUUUUUUGGUACCGGGAAUCGAACUCCGGUCCUUGCGCUUGCAAAGCAGGCAGCUAAACCGCUGAGCUAAAUCCCCGGCCCUGUCAUGUUCUUAAUUGAACCUCAUAUUCCACAUUUUUUAAGCCCGCAUGGAAAAUGCAGUAUUUUUAAAUGAAUAAAUAAAUUUGAACUUUUUGGCUCUUCUUGGGCUGACUGCA